AUGGUACCAGAUAAUAUUUUACUCGAGCCUCCAUUUGAAGGUGCAUGUCUUUAUCCAAAAAAAACUGAGUAAGUCUCGACAUAUCUUCAUCUAAUUGUAUUUUUGACGUAACGUUUCAUUAAAUUAUCAAGACGUCGUUGGUAUUACACGAAGAGAUUCAUAAUUCCAGUCAGCAUAUUGACAGCUAUAUUAAUCCUAGCAGCUGUUCUCGGUUCUACUCUUGGUUCAAGAUCUACUAACGAUGUGACAGGUAUGCAUUUUGAUUUACUUUUCAAAUCAAAGACGACGGGCGGUUAAAUCCCAAAGUCCUGGUUGUUUAAUGUUAUUGGGUCACAUUUAUUAUAUGUCAUAAGAUCUAGGAUUAAAAAAUCUAGCAAUAGAAAAGACCUAGUUUCAAAAAGCACUAAGCAAUAAAAAUAUCUAAGAAAAGAUAUAAGAAGCAAAUUUAGGAAAGUCUUAAACAGUCUGACUUGUGUUAAUACAUUUCUUCUAUAUAUUUUACUUGCAAGAUAUUUCCUAGCUUAUUUUGCCUAAAGAUUUCUCGUCAAUACCAGUAUUUUGUUACACAUAAUAACGGCUUGAAGUUCAUUUAAAUAAGGGAACGGUGGUCAUACAUGAUUACGUGCCACGCAUGGAUUAUAGAACCUCAGAAUAUGCCUUAGUGAAAGGGUAAUGAACAGAAUUUAUGAAGCUAACCUUUCCCUAGCUUUGUUAGCCUCAAUGAAUGAUACCGAUAUACAAAAAAUGGCUUCGACCACGUAUGAGAUUGAGAGGAACUUAUUCAUGCUAGAUAAUCGGCAAUGAGCUUUUCAUAUACUAUGCAUAUAUUGCGUCCAUGAGAGAAGAUUCUUAGCAAUAUUAUUUGAAAUUUACUUUUUCAAACCUUAAUGAAUACUAUUUGCAUAUGAAAACAGCUCUGAGAACCUUUGGCAUGCUGAAGAAAAUGGACACAAGAUCACUUGCCAUUCAUUUCCAGCAACAGUUCAAACAGUAUUUCGAUAUAAAAUGAAUGAGGUUUCGUCAAGGGAGAAAAGACGUCAAUUCCGCGUGUCACAGUAUUUCAGAGUACGUCAAAGGAAAGCCAAAGUUAUUCUUUUUAACUUUUUAGCUAUGUCAAGCUUAAUAUUAACAUGUAUCGUGUGCAUAUUAGUCUAGCUGAUUCUUUAUAACCCUUUACGGCAAUAAUGCUUAAAUAAUUCAUCGUACUUUAGUGAUACUCAAACAUUGAAGUAUAAUCAAUCAUUUAGACUUUAGUGUCGGAUAGACUUGUAUAAAAGCAACUGAAACUAAUAUGCUCGUUACGCAUGUUGAUGUUAGACUUGAAAUAGUUUCGAAACUGUACAUAAUAGCUUUGGCAUACUUUUGGAGUACGUUAAAGUAAGGAUUUUUCACUUUUUUUUGCCAAUGAGUUCUCGACGAUAGCUAAAGUAACUCUAUCGUAUUUAAUAUUUUAAUCCUGUAGG